AUGCCCAUGUUAUCCCAACUCCAGGACUCGUACAGGUCUUCCUCGACCGUUUCUCUCCCGGCGGAAAUCAUGGUCAUGAUCCUCGUCCAUGCUAUUGCAGAGGAGAAGGCCGCUGCGAAGGCGGAGGGACGCUCGCCACAUUCGUGGAUGAAAUAUCUCCACAUCUGUGGGACAUGGCGGGAUCUACUACAUACUGUGUCGACCAUCUGGGAUGACAUCGAGGCCACGAACUCGGAAGUGGCGGAAUACAUGCUGACUCGGGGUCGAGCUCGAAAUCCAGCAGUAACAGCUGACUUCCAUGAACACUGCGACGUGGAUGUAGGCGGCACAGGCGACAAGGUUCUAAGGGUGUUGAAGAAAGAGUCGUCGCAUAUCAGAUCCUUGAAGCUUGUCAUGCCUGGAGAGAUGUGGCAAUGCCUGGGACAGUGUGCCGUGCCUUGGACCUUCGAGCGCUUGGAUUUCCUGCGGAUCGAGGCGCCGAUGAUGGAGGGCAGUCCCACCCAUUUGCCAUUCCUCGCUCCGGAUCUGAAACACCUGCGUUCUGAAGGGUUCGUGCCGGCGGCAGUCCAGCAAGCACUUUCUCCAAGCCUAAGAACGCUGGCCAUCCAUUGUUUCGAUUUCACACAAAUGGCAGAUAUCAUGGCAGUUUUGCAGGCUGUUCCAAGGGUGGAGAAGCUGGCCAUGAUGUUUUGUUUGGAAGAGGACAUGGACGACGGCGGGAUUGCACAGAUGGCGAGACUCCCAUCCUUGACAAACUUGGACUUUUUUAUCUUCAGCACGAAGCAUAUCGAGCUUCUUGCCUCUCUCCACUAUCCCGAUUCGACUUUCCAGGCUUUUCACUUAGUGCCAUAUGACUGGUCGACGUCUGAACUAAUUGAAGGGCUGAGUCGAACCGCUAAUGAGGUCAUAGGGAAGCACGACCUUUGCCAUUGUACUUUCCGUACCCUGAAGCCCAAAGGAUUACUGAUCAGCUUUUCAAGGCUGCCACAGGUCGCAAUAGCACAGUGGCCACAAUUCUCGAUGACACUUCUCCACUAUCAAGUUGAGGAAGAGGCCGGAAUUAUGGAUAAGCUCGCCGAAUAUUUUGGCCCUUCUUUCGCCGCCAUUGAGAACCUCUCAUUCGAAGAACUGGCGGUCCGCUCGACAGCCAGUCUGGAUUCAUGGAAGGUACUAUUUCGAGCCAUGCCCAGGGUAAUCAAAUGGGAGGUCCUCAAAGAGGCAGAGGCGAACUCCCGCGCGACCGAAGUACUCAACCAGAUGCUAUUCGAUGAGGUUCGGAGUAUGGUAUCCAACAGGUUGGCGGGGUACGACAGUGAAAAAGACCCGGAAGAGUUCGACGAAUGA